AUGGAUGAAAUAUUUACUCAAGCGUCACUUUCUUAUUUAACAAAUCGUUGUGAUGAAGGUUUUGAACUAAUUAAUUUAUCUAUAAAAACAUCUAAUUAUGAUAUAUAUCUUAAUUGGGAAGAACAACAAGUUUUUUGUCUUAUUUCAAUGAAUAUAAUUGAAAAACGAUUUCAAUCAUGGAUUCGUCUAAAUCGUCUUUUAGUUAAAACUGAUGAUUUUAAUAAAAGACAAUCAAUUAAAAUUUAUAUUGAUAUUAUUUUAAAUGAAAUUAAUUUAUAUUCGCAUGAUAUUUUCUUAUUAAUUGAUAAAUAUUUAUUAAAAUCUUCAAUAUCGACUGAUAUUCGUAUUUUAUAUCUUAAAAUCCAAGGUGAUAUUCAUUUUCUUGUUGGUCAAACAUCAAAAUCAGAAAAAAAACUUGAACAUAUAAAUUCUUCACUAAGUUUUUAUAAUCAAUCAUUAGAAAUUUGUUAUCAUUAUAGAUUCAAUAGAUUAUUAUUAUCAAUAACAUAUAAUAAAGCAUUAGUAUUUGACUUUCUUUUUUAA